AUGGCCGACAUUGAGAUGAUGGCAGGCGGUAGCUAUGCCCAGCUCACCAACAUGGACAUCCGCAGCUUUGGAUGGAGAGGCGUUUCUGUGUGCGUCAACGACCGCCAGUCAAAGCAACCCAAGGAGAUCCUCAGUGACGUCAACGGCUUUGUCAGAGCCGGCGAGCUGCUAGCCCUCAUGGGCCCAUCAGGGUCCGGCAAGUCAACAUUGCUCAACGUCCUAGCUCAACGUACCUCAACCCUGGCCGCGGACAUCCAGGGCUCCAUGUUUAUCAAUGGUCGCGAUCCCGAUCCCAGGACGUUUCGCCGCGUGUCUGCCUACGUCGAGCAAGAAGAUGCCCUUGUCGGUUCUCUGACCGUCCGUGAGACGCUCAACUUUGCUACUCGCCUAGCCCUGCCGUCGACGGUCGGCAAGGCAGAACGCAUGCAACGAAUCGAGUCCCUCCUGAAGGCGUUUGGUCUACAGCAUCAGGCGAACACUCUGGUCGGGACUCCUAUCCGGAAGGGAAUUUCUGGCGGGCAGAAGCGCCGUCUCAGUGUCGCUGCCCAGCUCAUCACCAACCCAAAGCUCCUGUUCCUGGACGAGCCCACGUCUGGUCUCGACUCUGCUGCCUCUUUGCAAGUCAUCAGCUUCAUCAAGGCAAUUGCCAAAGCGCACAACCUGAUUGUCAUUGCGUCCAUCCACCAGCCCUCCACAUCAACCUUUGCCAUGUUCGACAAGCUCCUCCUGCUGUCCCGGGGCGCUGUCGCCUACAGCGGCCCCACCUCGGAGAUCCAGUCGUAUUUUGCAGCCUGCGGUGCGCCAAUCCCGCUUUACAUGAACCCGGCAGAAUUCAUCAUCGACCUUGUCAACACUGACUUCUCCCACGACCGAGAUGAGGUCGACAAGCACUUGAGCAGGGUCCAUUGGUCGUGGCGGCAGUCACAGCUUGCACUGGCUCUCGUCACAGAGCUGGCUGAAGAGGUCGACUCUCACCCCAUUGAUAUGAGCGAGACCGACAUGGAACAGGUCGGCGCUACCGCCGGGAGGAUGUCUGUCCUCCUCGCCCUGAUCCAUCGGUCGCUUAUCAAGUCCUACCGGGACGUGAUUGCUUACGGCAUUCGCGUUGCCAUGUAUAUGGGCCUGGCCAUUAUGAUGGGGACGGUCUGGCUACGCCUCAGUCCGACGCAGGGCAACAUCCAAUCUUUCAUCAACGCCAUCUUCUUCGGCGGUGCCUUCAUGUCAUUCAUGGCCGUCGCCUACAUUCCUGCAUUCCUCGAAGAUCGCGCACUCUAUGUCAAGGAGCGCGCCAAUGGUCUCUAUGGUCCAACCUCGUUCCUGCUCUCCAACUUCAUCACCGGCGUCCCUUACCUGUUCCUCAUCUCUAUCCUCUUCUCCAUCGUAGCCUACUGGCUGGCCAACUUCCGUCCCGCGGGCGACGCUUUCUUCACUUGGGUCAUGUGGCUCUUCCUGGACCUGAUCGCAGCUGAGUCUCUGGUCGUUCUCAUCAGCUCCCUGGUCCCCAACUUCGUCGUCGCCCUGGCCGGCACGGCGUUCGCCAAUGGCUUAUGGAUGUGCACGGGCGGCUUCCUCGUGCCCCCACAGACGCUCAACCCGUUUUGGCGCUACGUCUUUCACUAUAUCGACUACCAGGCCUAUGUCUUCCAGGGAAUGAUGGUCAACGAGUUUGGCUCGAGGAACUAUUCCUGCGAUGUCACACCAGGGUCCGGCCCAGGCGAGUGUAGCUGCCUUUACCCAAGCGAUAUGGCCAGGGAGUGUUUGAUUGACGGGAAGGCCAUUCUUGAAAACUACGGCUAUUCCACUGGCGAUCAAGGCAAGUGGGUCGGUAUCCUACUAGCUAUUAUAGUUGGAUACCGCGCUCUGGGCUGGCUCGUCCUCUAUUUGAAGCGUACGUAG